UAGAGAACAUGAAAUGAAAUGUAAAUGAAGCGUCUUUCGUUUAUGUGGAUAAUAGAAAGCUUCUAAAACCCUCCCAAAACCCACAAAAAUCGAGGUUUCAGUUAAACUUGCCCAAAAGUAAUAUCAGAUCGCGUCAAAUAAUGAGGAAAUUUAGCUCACUCGCCGCCGUAUGCCGCAUAUCCGCCGCACCGGCGGCGUUGGAAAACCCCAUCCACCACCAACAUCGACUCGUCCAGGCCGCUCUGCUUAGUGCUAAUAGCAUCAACUACUCGGCGAUGUCUCCCUGGUUCUCUUACGAUAAGGUAACCCUUAAAUCGGCUCGUAACGUUUUCGCCGGGACCAUGCUGUUCUCGGUCGCCGUUUCGACGUCAGCUGAAGAGGUCCACGCGAAAGAGCAUGUGCUGUCGAAAUUUCUCCCUAACGACGUCGUUCUCUAUCAGUACGAGGCUUGCCCUUUUUGUAACAAGGUUAAAGCUUUUCUGGACUUUUAUGAUAUUCCAUACAAAAUUGUGGAGGUCAACCCCAUCAGCAAAAAGGAAAUUAAAUGGUCUGAUUACAAGAAAGUUCCUAUAUUGAUGGUUGAUGGUGAUCAAAUGGUGGAAUUCUUCAGAUUUAAUUGAUAAAUUGACCAAAAAGAUUCAUCCUGAUGGUCAACUGGAAGGUGAUGAAGAGAAGAAGUGGCGUGGGUGGGUGGACAAUCACUUGGUGCAUAUCUUAUCACCAAAUAUUUAUCGAAGUACUUCUGAAGCUCUGGAGUCAUUUGACUACAUCACCACUCAUGGUAAUUUCAGUUUUACCAAGAGAUUAACAGCAAAGUAUGCUGGAGCUAUGGCCAUGUAUUUUGUAUCUAAGAAAUUGAAGAAAAAGCAUAACAUAACUGAUGAGCGUGCAGCAUUAUAUGAAGCAGCGGAAACAUGGGUUGAUGCACUCAAGGGUCGAGAAUUUCUAGGUGGUGCCAAGCCUAAUUUAGCUGACCUUGCUGUCUAUGGUGUUUUGAGACCCAUUCGAUACCUCAAGUCAGGUAGAGAUAUGGUAGAGCAUACGAGGAUUGGUGAUUGGUAUACUCGAAUGGAAAAUGCUGUCGGGGUUUCUUCCAAAAUCCGGGCAUAGUCUGGUUAGUUUGUGCAGUUUGAUAAGUUUUUCAGCAGGACCAAGUCCGUAAAAUUUAUGCCAAUAUUAUCGUCUAUAUUUAAAGUGAGUAUGCAGUUUCGAUGAGCCUUCACAUAGAUGUUACAAUAAACUUUCGUGGCAAUUGGGAGGAAAAUAUUAUUUUGACAUACGUUGAGCUGUAUUUUGAAUGUAAAUCAUGAAGCCCAGUCAAUUUUUAAGAUCGUAGAAACAGAACUAUGGCCAUGGACUUGAAGCUUUUUCCACUUCAAAUAAAAUUCUCGACUGGGAUGUUAUCUA